AUGCCUCCAGCAAAGAAGAGAAAGACAGCUGCCAAGGCAGCCGGCAAGAAGAAAAACCACGUCGUGACAGCAUCGCACUCAGAACCCGAGCCAGAGCCUACGGCCAAACAACCCACCCCACCACCAAGCACCACUCUCGCAGACCGCAUGGCACGCUUCCGCGCCUUACAAACCCGCGCCAAGACCUCCUCAGCCUCGAACCUAACAGCCGCCCAGACAGAGGCCCACCGCCUCGCGAACGACCCGGCGCAGCUGUCGGCCGUGCAGCGGCGGUCGGCGGUAGCCUCGCACAAGCUGCUACGCGCAGACGUGGAGGACGCAGGCGGGGACUUUGAGCGCAAGCGGGCGUGGGACUGGACGGUCGACGAGUCGGAGCGGUGGGACGAGCGGCAGAAGGAGCGCGCGGCGCGGCGGGACGACAAUGCCUUUAAAGACUACCGGCAGGAGGCUGGAAAGGUGUACGAGCGGCAGGUGCGGAACCUGGGCGGGCCCGACCUGGAGCGGUAUACGGCCGACAGGAUGCGGGCUGUCGAGGAGGCUGCGCGGCGGGGCACGCUGGAGAUUGUCGAGACGGAGGAUGGGGAGAUGGUUGCUGUGGACAAGGACGGAACCUUCUACGGGGGCGGUGGUGGGAGUGGGGAUAUCAUCUCGAGCUUCGCCGACAACAAGCCCGACAAGAAGGCUGUGGACCGGCUGGUGGGUGAGAUGAAGAAGGCUGAAGAGGUCGCGGCUAAGAAGAGGAAGGAGAGGGCUGCUAGGAACGGCGACGAUGCGGAUGUCACGUACAUCAAUGACAAGAACAAACAAUUCAACCAGAAGCUGGCACGCUUCUACAACAAGUACACGGCAGAAAUCAGGGACAGCUUCGAGCGUGGUACAAUGAUCUGA